CCCAGGCCAACAAGAUCCAAUCGUCUCGACCCUCCCCUGAACACCCCGCAGGUGCGGAGGGCAGCAUGACGGUGGCCCGAGGGGACGGCUCCCCGGAGCGGCUGGGGGGCGCGUUGCGGCGUCUGCACUAUCGCGCCACACGCCGCGCGCACUCCGCCGCCGCCCGCCACCACUCCGGCACCCCCAAGGUAGUGGUCAUGGGCAGCAGUACCACAUCCGACAAGACCAUCAACACUAGCACCGAUUCCGCAGCCACCGCCCUCACCUCCAUAACCGGCACAGAUGAUUCUAUGGACGCAGAACCCGACCUCAUAGACACCGACCCUCCGCAACCCCAGCCCCAACCUUGCACUGCACCAGAGCCCCAACAGAACCCUCCCAGCACUGCCCCACCACACUACCACCGCGCACAAGACAGUUGCGAAUUCGAAGCCCCAGCCUACACCAUCCCUCAAUCCGCAACCGACACGCUAGAUUCCCCCCGACCCGGUCCCGGGAGAUUCGUUUUCGACGUCCCUUUACCUGAUCCCAAAAAAAAUGAUAAACCUCGCAAUAAAACCCAAGUCAGCCAAACGGGCCUAGGCGGGCCUUCAACAUCGAUUCAAAUACCGUAUGAUCCGAAAACAGAGACACCAAAAAGUCCGAAAGCAAACCAAGUGAAAUAUGAAACGCAUUUUGACUUUGAGCCUGAAGCAGUGAAGAGGAAAGGCAGUGAGCCCAGGAUGAAGAAUAAACAAAAGAAAGAGAAACAGGACUAUUAUAAAGAUGAGGUUGCGAAGUUAAGGAGACAAUUAGAAGGCACGGAAGUGUUCACGCCGAAUCGGAGAAGAUCUUCCACACAUCAGCAUUCUGUUCCACCGCCAUGUUCCAGAAGACAGUCGACAGCUGCACAAGUUCACGUGACUGCCAACCCACUGGACUCUGCUUCAUCUAUGCCUGCUGGCAGGACGACGAUAGUAGUCCAACAGCCUUCCCUGUCCCUGGACUACGGGGGUUGCUCCACGAUCCUGGUGAGGGAUGGCGAGGAUGGACGGCGGUCGAGCAGGAUCUGCAAUGACCACAUACAGCAGCUGCUUGAUGUGACGAGCCAGUUCACGUCGGAGGACCUGCACGAGUUUGAUAAAAGGUACGGCAGUCCCCACCACACGCGCUCCCAGUCUGUCAAAGCGCAGCGCUCGCGCACGGGAGAGAGACAGCUGCUCGGCCUGCCACAGCAACGCGCACGGGUAGCGUCCAUGCCAAACACCGGCGUGGAAGAGGAGUACUACAGACUGAGGCAUUUCAGCAUCACUGGUAAAGGCGUAAUCAACAGAGGUGACUCCUUAAGAUCGCGACGAUCGCGUUCAAACACGUCAGUCGCGUCCAGUGCGUCGAGUACGGAAGCUGUGACUAGGGCGUCUGCACCAUGCUCCUUAGCCUCUUCCAGGGACUCUUCAGCCGGCCUCAGCACCUACCGCGUGCUGGUGCUUGGAGGACCGGGCGUCGGCAAGUCCAGCCUGGUGGGACAGUUCAUGACGUCGGAAUACCUGCACGCGUACGAUACUAGCAUAGAUGACGAGUCCGGGGAGAAGUCUGUUUGCGUGCUGCUCGCGGGCGACGAGUCAGAGAUCACGUUUCUGGAUUCUCCUCCAGAAAAUGCAAUCUCGGAAGCAGCAGCGCACGGGUACUGCGUGGUGUACUCCACCGCGGACCGGGCGAGCUUCGCGGAGGCAGAGCGAAGGCUGCAGGCGCUGUGGGCGGCCGGCCACACCGCCAGGAGAGCGGUAAUCCUGGUGGGGAACAAGGCGGACUUGGCGAGGUCCAGGGCGGUGCCUACUGACGAGGGUAAAGCGUUGGCGACAUCGUACGAAUGCAAGUUCAUCGAGACGUCAGUAGGCAUCAACCACAACGUAGACGAACUGCUGGUCGGCCUCCUCACGCAGAUCAGACUCAAGCAGCAGCACGCGGAGAGAGUGAGAAAACGCAGCAGUUCGCGGAAGAAUCGCAGCCGUGCGCGGUCUCCGCUCGAAACAGAAACCGCAGUGACGCCCGCCCCCGCGUCCGCAGCUAGCACUCCGAGAAAACGCUCGCGGUUAUCUGCUAGUGUUAAGGUGCGCGGGCUGCUCGGGCGCGUGUGGGCGCGGGACUCCAAGUCCAAGUCCUGCGAGAACCUGCACGUCCUCUAGCACGCGGCCGCCGAGCCCGUCGCCUGCUUCCCGUUCUUCGACUGCGGCGCCAGCUACGCCUAGCUCGCAGACUGCCGCGUGCUCGCUGCACUGAUGCUACACCCACAGAGUUAAGCACAUACAGAAACCGUGUACACGAUUAAUAUUGAACCAUCAAAAACCACUACACUUUAGUAGUGUUUCUCGAACAGCCGGUUUGUCACUUCAUUCCGUUUAGCACUUGAUAGUAAUUAUUUUACCUUUAAUGUUCU